AUGGAUUCUCCAACAGGUGGUGUUGUUAGCAUGGUUAUGCUUAUAACCACUAUAUUGCUGAUAUUGGUUAUGAUCAUUAUUUGGAGAAGUCCACCAGCUCUGGUCGCACUCUACUUCGUUGUAUUUGUUGUGAUGGAAAGUGUAUAUGUUAGUGCAACCUUCACAAAUAUUCCCGAAGGUGAUUGGACUCCUUUUGUCAUCUCUUUCAUCCUUGCUUUCAUUAUGUUCGGCUGGUUCUAUGGUAGGCCGAGAAAACUCGAGUAUGAAUUGACACACAAGAUAGACUUGGAGAGAAUAAGGCCACUGCUAACGGAUCUAGGUCUUCGGAGAGUUCCCGGACUCUGCUUCUUCUACACGAAUAUCCAAGAUGGUUUAACCCCAAUUUUAGGUCAUUACAUAAAGAACAUGAGAUCUCUUCACAAAGUUACUGUAUUUACAACUCUUCGGUACUUGCUGGUUCCUAAAGUAGCACCAGGUGAAAGGAUCGUUGUUAGUAAACUAGGUCUCAGAGGGGUUUAUAGAUGUGUGAUUCGGUAUGGUUAUGCAGUUAAGUUUAGUCUUGAAGGGGAUGAUUUGGUUAAUCAAGUUAUCCAGUGUUUACGAGCUCAUGUGCUCCACUGCUCCAAUUCAUUGGAGGUAGAUGAUGAAGUUUCCGAGUUGGAAGAGGCAAAGCUUGCUGGAGUGGUCCAUAUUCGGAGAAAGACGAGGUUUUAUAUUGGCAAGCGCUGUGGAUGUUUUGAUAGAACAAUGCUUGUUUUCUAUGAAGUCUUGCACAGCAAUUGCAGAUCUGCAUUGCCUUCUAUGGGUAUACCAUUACCUCAACGUAUCGAGGUUGGAAUGCUCUACGAGGCUUUACAUGUUCUUACUGCUUUAACUACAAGAGAUUUAUGGGUUUUCGGGUUUGAGAUUCUUGCUCCAAGGGGUUUGUGGAUUUUGGGGUUUGAGAUUCUUGCUCAAAGGGGUUUGUGGAUUUUGGGGUUUGAGAUUCUUGCUCCAAGGGGUUUGUGGAUUUUGGGGUUUGAGAUUCUUGCUCCAAGGGGUUUGUGGAUUUUGGGGUUUGAGAUUCUUGCUCAAAGGGGUUUGUGGAUUUUGGGGUUUGAGAUUCUUGUUUAA